UCAGUUGCCAACAUGGCUGCUCAGAGAUCAGAGGGUGUUGUAGUGCGCGUUAUAUUUUUAUGUAUAAUCUGGUAUUUAGUUAGUUCAAGUAAUAACGUAGUGGGUAAGACGUUACUUAACGAGUUUCCCUACCCCAUGACGGUGACUAUGGUGCAAUUAAUGUCGAUAGCGCUAUACAGUAGCCCUGUAUUGAGGUGGAUGGGAGUGAGGAGAACUGCAGACAUAAGUUGGAGUUAUUAUAAACGUAUUAUUAUUCCUCUUUCCCUGGGCAAGUUUUUGGCCUCAGUGUUUUCCCAUGUUAGUAUAUGGAGAGUUCCUGUGUCCUACGCCCAUACUGUUAAAGCCACAAUGCCUCUUUUCACUAUUUUACUUGCAAGAAUUUUAUUUGGAGAAAAACAGACAAGUAAGGUAUAUUUAUCAUUAGUUCCAAUCAUCUUGGGAGUAGCCAUUGCCACUAUAACAGAGAUCUCUUUUGACAUGCUUGGACUUGUUUCUGCACUGAUGUCCACAUGUGGCUUCUCACUCCAAAAUAUUUAUUCUAAAAAGGUGUUGACUGACACGGGUAUCCAUCAUCUGAGACUUCUUCACUUACUUGGAUGUUUGGCUCUCUUCAUGUUCCUCCCUGUCUGGGUGUUUACUGAUGGCCUUAGUAUUUUUAACGAUGACACGCUGUUAUUACGAAGAGACCCCGGGGAGACCAUUAUCCUGCUGUUGUUGGAUGGUGGACUCAAUUGGUUGCAGAAUUUUGUGGCCUUCACAAUUUUAAACUACGUCACACCACUCACUUAUGCUGUUGCUAGUGCCACCAAACGUAUCUCAGUUAUAACAAUUUCUCUACUAUUGCUGAGGAAUCCCAUCACGCUUGCAAAUGUUGUUGGCAUGUUCCUGGCUAUUAUAGGAGUCCUGGGGUACAAUAAGGCCAAAUUUGAUGCUAACCAAGCUAAGAAUAAAGCAGCUCUGACACCCCUCAGUGAAGUAACGAGCACCAAGCUGCUCCAGGGAGCAACUGAACUGGAUCGAUCAACUCUGCAGAAUCUCUACCAACCAGUACACAAUGCAAGCCCUCUGCAGGCACCACCUUUCCAUCCAGCAUACGCUUUCAAUCAUAUUGGAUCAACUGGCUUGGGACCUUAUCCCAGGAUGCCAAAUGGCAUUGCAAAUGUUUCCCAUCAGGGUAGUGUUUCUCAGACUGGUACUCAGAAUGGAUAUGCUAACAGUGGAAUCAGCUAUAAAGAACACAAUGCAAGAUCAAAUGGGGGAGUAGCUAAUGUAUGAUUUGUUGAAAGAUUAGUUAAUGAAAAUUUUAUAUUUUUUUACAUGACUCUAGUUAAUUCAUGAAGAUUUAGAUACUAUAGAUCAAAUUUAUUAUUCCUACAAACAAAUAAUAUCCGUGUAAUUGGCAUUUGGAUAUUUAGAAUAUUCAUGAUAAUAGUUUAAAUUUUUGGUGCCUUUUUGUACUUUUCUAGCCCAAAAUUUUUUGUAACAGCAAGUUCAAUAAUUGCCUGAUGUAGUUUGAUUUUCUAUAUUUUCGAUAUUGGGUUAACUUUUCUUGUGUAAAUUCAUAAUUGGUUGCUCUGUGGAGUAUCUUUAACUGUAUUUGCGUUCAUGUGAUGUUUGGGACUCAUUUGAUAUUUGUGAAAGCCAAAGAUGUUUUAAAUUUUUUGUUUUAAUGAAUAUUAGUUUUUUAUAGGGUUUUAAAUAUUUUAAUUUUCAGUAUGGUAUUUAUAAAAAAAAUUAUUUGACUUAAAUAUUGGAAACUCUACAAAACUAACAAGCAAGAGUGACACGAGACACAUUAUUUUAAUUCACUUCAAAUUUUCAUGUACUCCAGUAUGUAUAUAUGUGCUGUAUAUGACUAGUAUAUAGUGCAUAUGAUGGCAUUUUAAUUUACAUACAUGUGCAAGUGUUUUGUUAAAUGCUGUGAUAUAAAAAAAUUCCGUUGUAAUAAAUCACAGAAAGGGUGGGGCACAAAACCAUGGUAAGUCAAGUCUUAAAACUAUCAGGUGCACUGGCCUGGUAGUUGUAAGACUUGCUUGCUGUGAGUUCCAGCCCAACCGAUUCUGUGAUUUGUUUGCAGCCGUGUUGUUACGAUUUUUUGAGUCAUGAUUCCAUUGUGAUAGUUUUUGAGUUAUGGUAAAAUAACCAUCAUGGCCAUGUGCUCAGAGCAUUAUAUAUCGUAUUUUUAAUGUACUGUAGUCUGUAUGCAUGCACAACAACCCCCACACCUAUGCACAUACAUGCACAUGCAGUGACCUCUGGAACCAACUUCAGGUAAACACACUUACACAUAUGCGUACAUGCAUGCACAUUCAUGUAAAUGCGAAUAUGUGGACACACACACACACACACACACACACACACACACACACGGAAUCCAAACCUGAAAAAAUAUGUUAAGAAACUGGAGAAAAGGCAGAAGUGCACAACGAGAUUAGUCCCAGAGCUACAAAAGUGUUACAAUUUUUUUGAAAUGUCCACUGUAAUACCCUCUUUUUCCUCCGAUCAAACAUGAUUGCUAUCCAUAUCCCACAAUGCUGUAUGAGGUCUCUGGGUUUAACCCUUCCUUUCCCAUGAAUGGAAUAAAAAAAAUUAUUUCCAGACAGACACUGGUUUGCUUAAAUUAUAAUUGUCAUCCUUUCAGCUGAUGCUCUUUUCUUAAACACCUUGCAUCCUUUUCCCCUUCACUGUACAUUAUUAUAUGGCCCUUAUCGAUUUAACAACCUAUGUUAACAAAAGAGUACAUGCGCACCCAGAAGUGUAUUUCUCUCAAUAUAUAUAUAUAUAUGUAUGUUGAGUUUACUUUAAUUUUUUUUU